AGGAACCAGGAUUUUCUGUCCUACAUUCAACCAUAAAUUGUACAAAUUAUGGUAAUACAUAUGAUUAUUAAGUCAUGUUUCUGGAUCUACAUCUACGUACGGUGUUUUACUUCUUGUCUGUUAACAGCGGUCUUGUUACGGGUUAUCGUGGUAGUCUUCAUACUUUGCGGACUUGUGUAUUUCUAGAUAUGGCAGAUCAGUUAACUGAGGAACAGAUUGCUGAGUUUAAGGAAGCUUUUUCUUUAUUUGAUAAAGAUGGUGAUGGUACAAUUACUACCAAGGAAUUAGGAACUGUUAUGCGCUCCUUGGGUCAGAAUCCCACAGAAGCGGAGCUGCAGGAUAUGAUCAACGAAGUAGAUGCUGAUGGUAACGGCACAAUCGAUUUCCCCGAAUUCCUAACUAUGAUGGCUCGGAAAAUGAAAGAUACAGACAGCGAAGAAGAAAUUCGAGAGGCAUUCCGUGUUUUCGACAAAGAUGGAAAUGGUUUCAUUUCCGCGGCUGAACUCCGGUUAGUUCUGUUUAUUCUUCCUGUGUGAUGGUUAUUGUUAUUGCAAUAUACCCAGCAACCCUAGUUACAACUGAAGUGACCGGUCAGAGUUUGGUAUUUCACCUGGAAAAAUACUUUUCCGUUAAAUAGAGACAUGUAAUUGGUUCUCAUCAUUUGCUAGAGUGGACUUUAAAGUCUUCAUCCUUAAUGCUGUCGCACUAAUAGCCAACGAAACAUCUUAUUGGAAAGAUGGAGCGAUGUGUUGUCAACUCGGGAUGCAUUUUUUGACGCGCAUUAACCGCAUGUUUACUUAAUGCAUGAAUCUAUCCAGAGACCAAGUGUUUGAUACGCUUAUCCUACUGCGAAAUGCAAAACUGCUUCCUAGACAGGUUCCAGCCAUUAAUACUGACUGUAUGUAGCGUCUGGUUUCAUUUUGUAACGACAGCUUUAACUGAAGUGUGGUCAGUGCAUGAUAAUAACUACCCACUUUUUCUUAACUGCAACAAAAUGCUUACCUUAGCGUGGUUGACUGUUAAUUGUGUGUGUUAAGAAUGUUUUCAAACAUUGUUAGGCUGUGGUGUAUUUUUCUGUGCAUAUUAAGUUUCGAACAAAAUGUAUCGACCUUGCUAUCCUGAUUGCCAUUCUGGGCGUUGGAGUUUAAUAUGUACUCUGCUCUCUGAGUUGUUUCAAACAGACUGCAUAGUGGUUAGUAAACCAGUGCUUCGAGUACUGUGUACUUUAUUUGAACGACUUAUGAAAAACGAUAAUGGUCAGCGGAUUGGAAUUGGUGGGAGGUAAUCAACGUUUUGCUAGUGGCAUGCAUGGUUUUCGCGUUAUCCCUUUAAAUUGAAUAGUUCUGCAUAUCGACCCUUGAACACUUGCUGUGUGUAACAGUAAUGUCCCUACUUUUUAGUCGCGUAGUGUCAAUACCAACAUACAUGUUAUUCAGCUGUUUCAAAUUCACUGCGGGGGCAUUGUUUUUGUUCAACAUAUUAUAUAGCUAUGCAUCCGCAAAAGCAGCCUAUAUGUCCUAUCGUUUUUACAGUUUGGUAAAUUUGACUUGGAACACCGCUGGUUGUAGUGUCAGUUUUUUAUUAUGUUACCUAUGGUCUUCUAGUUCUCUGGUUCCGAUAAUGGUCUUUUCCCAACCACGAUGUAAAGGUUUACUUGCGUACACCAAUGUUAGCUGUAUAUUAUGUUAGCAAUUUGACCUACCGCCCUAAAAUAAGUUCUUAUAGCUCUUACAUUGUUGACGUAACGGAAGUGUGUAGGCUAAAAGUGGGCUUCCGGAUUCCUAGCGUUCAUUCUACACAUACGGUUGCUUGGCGCAGCUCAUCACAUACCUUCGGUCUGUUUCUGAUUUUUUAAAAACCAAUACCUGUUUUGCGUCACCAAUAUCUAAAUAAAAGAUGCUGGGAAAAAAGUCAAAGCAUUUCCCAUCAUUAAAAACCGAAAUAGCUGUUGAAAGAACCACAGUGCGUCUGGUCGAUAUGAUCAUAUACUAUAACUUAUAUGGUUCAGCAAGUGUUCUAAUUACUAGGUGACUUUUAGUAUUGAGUUUCCUAGGAAAUCUAAGUCCAUUUCACUGGAGCUUGUUAAUUAAAAUGGUCCCUUGAUUUGUGUUCUACUAGUUGCUUGGCUUCAUCAAAAGCCUAAAUGGUGUACAGUGACAUCCCAAUACUCAUCCGCUGUAGUUAUAGGGAUUUUCAAAGCAAUUUGCUGCUGUUGCGUUGAACACAAAGUUGGUACAACAAUCUGACCAAAGGAUGAGUUGAUGCUACGUACUUUCCACAGGUGUACUUGGGCUGAGAUGACACUCCAGUAGCAAUCACGUCAUAAGUACUUUAACCUCUAUUGCUCGUUAGCUUGGUAUUGCCUGAAUUUCUCUUUCUCCGCUUUUUGUCAGGGUGCAUUCCUGUUCCAGUUUACCCAUCACCAUCAAGUGGUAUGCCGAACUAAAGUGGUUUGCAACUUGGCAUAGCCUGUAUUUGCCAAAACUGCUAAUUACCCCCUAUUUAUGACUGAAAGGGGCUAAUUCGUUAAUUAUUCGUUCUUUGGUUGCGCGCGCCCAAAUAGUGAUGUUACUCAACCGGAAACAUUUGUUUGCUAGGCUCUGAGCCGGUCAUAGCUAAGGCUUGUAUGGAAUAACUGGCUGUGUGAAAAUCAAUAUAUGUAGUUCACGUUAGUUUGUCCGGAGACUUAAAAUAGACAGUAGAAACCGUGUUUUUGGUUAGUUUCUCCAUCUCUUCCGACAGUUGAAACCAAGUGUAAAUAGACAAGCAAACAGUGAAUGAUGAGUCGAAGGGCAUCACUUCCAGUUACUCGUAUCAGUCUAACGUAGGUUAAAUCCCGAAGCAUCUAAAUCACGGGCUUGGAUAUCCGGACCCUCUGAGCUCUAGAUACUACGUAUAGCUGUAAGACUUGACCGUUAAAGGUGAGAUAUAAGGCUUCAGGUGUCUGGUUACCGUUGCCUUCAUAGCACAAGUCGUGUUUUGUGGUGUCACCGUCGGUAAUGUAGAAGUCAGUUGAUGAAGUGAACCCUCAUCUACUCGGGUGGUUUAGACAUUUGUUACGUACGUCUAGUCACCGACUGCCCGUUAAGUUACACCGGACAUGAAUUUGUCUGCAUUGAACGCUUUGUUUUUGUAUAAGGUUGCUCUGAUUGUAUUUACUACUUUAGACGAAGGGGGUUUCAGCUGUAAAGUAAAUUGCUGCAACUUUCUUUCUGAUGGCACUUCAAGAAUCAGUACUUUGGUGCCGGAUGUUACUCACAAAUUAGAAUUGGACUGUGCUCCAUAACACUUGUGCAUAUACUAAGAAGCACGUCUGAACUUCGUUGUUCAUGUGCAUGCGUAAUAGUUUCUUGCACCAAAUAAAAAAAGCAUAGCAAACUAACCACAUUAAACCCGUAGGCAAGCAAUCUAAUUCGUAUGUAUGUCACUUGAGGUACGUUACGAAUGCCUUUAGUUACUGCGAAUCGCUGUGAUUCGAACCCAGACCACCGUAGUGGGAUUCUAGGAGCUAACGAAAUAGAGGUGCUCAUCCACACUAAGCUCAGUGGAUUAAUGCAAUCAGAAUGCAGCUGAGUAAACACGUAAAUGUUCAUACAGUGAGGAAUUAACCCUACUUUCUCUGUGGAGGCUAAUGACUUACUGGCUGCCUGAAACUCAGUAGGUAGUGUAGUGUUCGGUCUUAUGAGCCACUGAUUAGUUUAGUGUCUAUAUCUAUGAGCUACAGCUUCGUUGAGUGUCUAUUCCGUUGUCUCAAAUUUCCGUAUGGUUCUAUGCUUGAGUAUUUGGGUUUGGUCUUAAAGUCUAAUAUUAAACUUGUUCGUAGAUUGUUUGGAGUGUAAGCUGCUAGCCCGCAGUUACGAGGUUUGUAAAUCAGUGCUUCAGGAUCCUAGAUGAUGCAUGAAAACCAACCAAAUCUCGUAAUUGCAUUCACUUCUCUGUUGCUUUAUAGUGUGGGCCCUUGUUUCGCUAAACAUACAGAUUUCCACUUGUUCUCUUUCUGUACUAUUGAAAAGUCUGACAACUUAAAUCUACUUUCCUCUAUUAUGUUAUUUGCAAAAGUAUAAUUGAUAGGAAAUUUAGAUCAAAGAGCGAUGCUUCAGUUGUUACAUAAAUGGAUCCGGCGUAGCUGUGUUACCCUCUGCCGCCUACUUUGUUAAUAAACUGCGACUCACCCGGAUACAGCUUUUUGUACUGGACAUGAAUUCACAUAACUUGUUUGAAGAUUACGACUACUUGGAUACCUAAAUGUCGAAAAAAAGUAUGAUUAGGACACGAAACCUAAUGCCCGGAAGACAAGUGAAAUUUAGGUAGGUAGGUAGGUAUUUCUACUAAUGGUUUCAAAUAAAAAAAAGGAACGGUCUAGCCACUCAUGUAUUACAUCUUUGUAGGACCUAUCAAAAUGGUGCAUCAGUCCAAGUUAUCAUACUUCAAGGCAGCCUGCAAGAAGUGGAUGUAUAGAUGGUAGAGUAAUUGAAAGUACGUGAAGCCCAAGAAGGAUUAAAUUUGUGGAACAUAAAAAGCACUCAUCACUUAAAAGACAGAAAAUUUAUGCGUCUGCAUCACUGACUAAUUUAGAAUCAUAUCACCAAGAGUUUCCAACAAGUAGUUUCUAUCGUCUCUGAAAUCCUCCUGUCUUCCCAACGUGCACCUCCAUACGCAGUCAAAGAUUAUGUGAACUGGCAACUGGUCUUAGUGUGAUGACUCUUAACUUUGUCUCAACACAAACUCGGUCAAAACGAUCAAAUGGCACACUCACGUGAACAUAAAUGUUAGUUGGCGGAUGCCCUUAAUUACGCUUGUGUUCCGAAAGCCAAUUAUCCGGUCACCGCACUCUAGUCCCGGUCUGAAACUGGUCUGAUUUUAUCCAUCUUGACUUAGAUAUCAGACGACUAAUAACCCUGCAAUCUCAAACUCAUUCUUGGUUAUUCUGGUUCGUCUCGUGAUUAUCACCUGUUUCCAGACCUGGGCGAGGGUGCAUUGAUCGUAUGUUGGCCCUUCGACAGGUACCGAUUAACAGGCAUACCUAUCGGCAGCCAACACUUGCCAUAUUUUUUGGCCUAAAAGUGGCAUUUGAUCCAGUCAACCACCGGGUGUUGUGACUAUCUGACCGUGAAGGGUGUGCUGAAAAUUAUAUAAUGCUUAUCAAGGCCCUCUGCUCAAACUCUUGCAGCCCUGUAAGUGUUUAUAGAGAUUUUUCUAGUGAGUGGUGAUGGUGUCCCCCAGGGAUGUUCACUGUCAUCGUCCCUACUCAACUUCAUCAUAGACGGACUAAUGACUUCAUACGAACUGACCUACUCCCUGGUGGUCAUCUGGUUGACUUCGAGUAUGCAGACGAUAUUUUUCCUGAUUGGUGAAAAUACUGACACAUUGCUGGGUCUUCUGAACGUGUUGAACAGAAACCUGAGUAUAUUUAGCAUGCCUUUCGCUGCCACCUGUUAAACGUAAGAUGAUGCUCUAGGACUGAUCUGCAACUACUCCCAGUUCAAUUAUAGAGAGUGAAGUGGUAGAAUGAGUUGGUCACUUCAUUCACUUAGGAAUCGCAUCAGCCCGAAUGAGCUGGCUGCUGACGAACUUAGAUCCGAUGCAAAAAAACCCGUUUGUCACUUGCCGACUUGAGUCACUGUGGCGCCAACCGGCGAACUAUCCGACUAUCUAUAAAAGGACAAGUAUACUGUGCUGCAGUCCGUUCUGUCCAGUUUCACAGCUGUGUGACAUGGCCAUUAAAGUAGAAGCCACGAAGCGAUUACUGGGUUCUGAUCACAGAUGUCAUUGUAGCAUUGCUUGAGUUGGUGGCUCGUACAUGUAAUGCGUAUGCCGAGUCACCGCCUGCCUCGACGUGCUAUGCUAGUGGAAGUUGAAUUAGUUUUGUAGAUGGUUCAAGACGACCAGACCAGGGCGUGGCACCAGUCGAUGAAGUCUCUAACUUGGCCUCAGUCGUGUGGGAGAUGCAGACUGCCAAUAGGAAUCCCUAAGAGGAUGGGAAUCAGUGGUUGAUGACUGUUGGUGACCUGGGUGAAAUUCGGUCACAGUGGUGCACGUGUAUUCACUCUGAUAAUUUCUCAAGCUUGAAUAAUCAUCCUAGCCUUUAUCUUCAUACUACUUUUCUCACACAACUUUGUCUAGUUUGAUAUCACUCGUUUUCUAUCCACUCGUUCUUUGUGUAUAACUGUGAAGCUUGGUAACGUAAACCGAUACAUCUGCGUGCAAGGUCCUACGUUGAUUUAAUCAAUCAGUCACACAAAACGUUUCUCUUGUUAACAAAAACGAUGUGAUAUAAACCCGUGUGAUAGAACUACAUCAGGUUCCCAUACGCUGACUAGUAUCUCCCACUGCAUCACUCAACGUUUUCUCGCCAUGUCUAGUAUCUCUUUUAUAUGAAACUUGCACCAUGGAAUGGAAUAUAUGUGGUGCUCCAGUGAGUGAACUGAUAUCAACGCAUGCAAUUAGAUACAGGUAAUAGUUUGUAUUUUCAGCUGUUAGAGCACAUUGCGUUUUGAGAAGAAAACCACCGAAGAUUCUUCCGAUUUACUUAUUCUUUCAAACUUGGAUUUACCUCGUGUAAAACCUCAAGCCAGAAGCCAAAAACAAGACAUUUGUAGUGAGGGUACGUUCACGGUCUUCUAAGCUCUAAAAACUAUCUAGCUUCAGACUCAGUUUUCGGAUCUGUUUUCACUGCUAGUAUUAUCAUUCUUUUUUACUCUACCGUUUCGGAGCACAGUAGCUGACAACAAUGUACUCUUGUUUCAAGAUUUCUGUCUACCUACCUGAGGAUCAAGUACUGUUCACAAGUUUGUUUCUCAUUGGACAUGACAUACUGAUUGCUUUAUCUGGUGCAUACCAUACUGCUGUAACCGGUUGCUUGUUUGUUAGGUGACUUGUGAGAAACUAUGUUAAGUUUGUAUGGCGUUAAUGAAGUGUUUAGGAUUUUCCGGAAGAGACUAGGAUUCUUCACUUCCGUUUCAAUCUGUAAGUUUUUCGGAAACUGCUGUAAGUAGUUUGGUAUCUGUCAAUUGUUUGUUUCUUAUCAACUGAAAGUUCCUCUGGUGUAUGCGAUGAUAUGCAUUUAUUUUUUAUGCUACUUGCAGACAUGUAAUGACCAAUUUAGGCGAAAAGCUAACAGAUGAAGAAGUAGAUGAAAUGAUUCGAGAGGCUGAUAUUGACGGUGACGGUCAAGUCAAUUAUGAAGAGUUCGUGAAAAUGAUGACGGCGAAAUGAGAACUUGAAACGACACCAGAAAUAAACAUGUCACAUCCACCUGAACGCUCAUUCUGAGCGAACAAUGUAAAGCAAAUUUGUGAUUGCCUUUUUAAGUGGCCCUUUAAAUACGCAUGCAUUGUUUGCAAACUAAGCAACUGAUACUACGGUUUGAGCUUUUCUGGUGUUUUUAUGCCCUUUCGAACUAUUUUGUUUUUCUUUUCUAAACAACUCAAAUGUACGCUCCUACUCUUCGCACACCUUUUCCUAUUUUUUAAUCCUGAAAAAUUGUUUAUCAUUAUCUUUACAAAGCGAAGAACAAUAAAGCCUUUUAUGCCCACCUUUAGCAUAUGGAGCCACAUUUGUUGGGGCAUUGUAUGUCAUGUUAAAUUUGUGUCAUUUUUGGCUUAGAGGGUAAUCGUUGUUUGUGUUGUAAUAAGUUUUUUACAGUUUUUUCAUCCACUUGGGACAAAAAUCUUCAAAGUUUCUUAACUGGGGAUUAUACCGAACAUAGAACUUCGUGUCUUCGAUUUUCGGACAUAGUUAAACUCACCGCAUUAGUAAUGCUUUGACAAAAUGUAUUACGUGUCGUCAGGUUUGUCUUUAUCUGCCGUAUCUUUACGCUGGCAAAAUACGUUAUCAUUCAGUAAUGGUAAAAAACACUAGGCGACUCCAUUAAAUUUUUCCUUAAAGUGCGGUAAUUUAUCAUAGUAUAAAGUUUAAUCCUGUGCAGGGGGUAAGUAAUUGAAAUGAUCUUGAUUUUUUCCCCAUGUUGUUCUGUACUGUUGUUUGCUCCUCAUCUUGAUACGCAUGCCUAUAUGUAGUGCUUAUUUAUUUUCUCAACUGAAUAUCGUCUGUUUUUUAGUCCAGUCUUUUUGUCGUUAUAUUAAACUCAGUGGAAUGUAAAUGCGUACUAGUCGUGUCGUUGAUGUCAACUUUAAGGAUGUUCUGUGUUAUCAUUACCUAUUCCUAUUUUCAGAGUUUGUUACGAUGAUGACAACAAAAUAACGUGCAGUAGCUUACACAAACCAUUAUCAUUCCUGGUAUCUGUACUAGAAGAAGUAAACUACCAUCGUCAAAAACUGCUCGUACACGUUAACAAACUUGUCGACAGUGAUUGUAGGAAAGCCUGAUUUAUAUACAUAUAUAAAUAUAUACAUAUGUAUUCGCAUGUCAUCCUGUCAUUUUUACACGUUUCCUUGACUACCCUUGCUCCCCCUCAAACACAUUUCCUCGCUUUACCACUUUACGAGGUAUUUGUCUUCAUGCUCAUUCUUUUCGUACUGCAUUACGAUUUAUUCUCCGAACACCUUUAGUUAUUUUAUUCAUCAGAUGUUCAUGGUGGGAGUGGUUUUCCUAUUUUUUCCUCUUUAAUUUACUUCCCUUUGUUCUCUGCAUUCCAAUAAUUGAGCUUGUUACUGUACUAUGACUUUGUUGAUGUAUAUGCAUACUUCUCUUUCUCUAUCUUUGGGAAUAGUGUCCUAUUUUCCUCUUGAUAUCAUGAUAAUGUCUGAUUAUUGCAUAAUUGAAAAAGAAUGAAUGAUACACUGACUAUUCGUAUGCUACAUAAUCUUUCCUGACUCAAGUUCAUAAAUGAAAUCAGUUUGCUCACUUAUAUUGUCCCUUCUAUAAAGUUUUAACAUUCAUUUCAUUCCAAGAUUUUUGAAGUUGGUUUGUGAGUCACUGGGAAUCAAGCCAAGGAUUAUCGAGAAAUGUUUUUCCAGUUAUCUCUGGUGUUCUUAGGAGCUUUCGAAAUCUCAAACUAGAUGGCACUCCGAGUUGUUACUUGGUACUAGGUACGGAUAUAGUGUCAUUUAAUGUUUACCUCCGUUGACUUUGUAAUUGUCUACUUCUGUGCUCGUCAAAACACUCACGUGUGCAACAUGCAGCCCUAUUUUAAGUUGCAUUACGACGUGUUGAUCAUCAGGAUUGCGCUAGCGUUUAAGCUUUGAUGACCACUUUAUGGGCAUCUCAGUUCGAUAUACAACUCAAAAUUGGUCAGCGAAAUGUUUUUUUGUGGUUAAGAUGAGGCAUGCCUUUAACGUAUAAUUUUCAUUAACAAAAGGUGUCUGUUGCAAGCCUGUUAGGUAUCGCUUCAUUUUUUGUAGAGAAAGUUCAAUAAAAUGUCGAG